AUGUUCAAGACUUUAUCAAUUUACGUGGCGCUAGCCUUGGCUGCCAAAGGUGUCACUGCUGCACCAAUAAGCACCAAUGAGUCCAGUCCAGCUCUUCCGCUGGAAAGCAUUAGCGGAUACUUGGAUUUGACGCGAGCAGACGACUUGGCUCUUUUGCCAGUCUCCAAUGACACACACACGGGUCUUCUGGUCGUCAAUACCACCAUUUUAGCUGCUGCCAUGGCUUCUGAAAGCACAUAUACCAAAAGAGAGGCUGAAGCUGAGCCUUGGCAUUGGUUGAAACUCGACAGAGGCCAACCAAUGUACAAGAGAGAAGCCAAUGCCGAGGCCGAAGCUGAACCUUGGCACUGGUUGAGAUUGGACAGAGGACAGCCAAUGUACAAGAGGGAUGCGAACGCUGAGGCCGAGGCCGAACCUUGGCACUGGUUAAGACUCGACAGAGGCCAACCAAUGUACAAGAGAGACGCAAAUGCCGAGGCCGAAGCUGAGCCUUGGCAUUGGUUGAGACUUGACAGGGGACAACCAAUGUACUAG